AUGCAACCACCUUGUCAAACAGAGACUCGCGAACCUCGUUGUCAAAUUGCGACAGUUUGGCAGCUCGCCAUAGAUGUUAAAGAUCUGCUCGCCCUUCUUGAUGUCCUUGGUGGCGGUCAUGACAAGAACAUCGUUUUCAUAACUCAGAUUAGCGUUCACCAGAUUGGUGUUGGAAUUGAGCGUAUCGGCAAGAGGAACCAUGCUCUUCAAAUACCCGUCGAACUUGAGUCCGUCGUGUUCCUCGGCCAAAAACUCGUUCACCUCUUCUUCUUCUUCAUCCACGUCGUCGUCCUCUGGAUCGUCCACGUCGAAAGAAUAGCUCAUGAUUAUGCUUGCAACCAUAUGGAAUUUUUCAAGAGUGAGAAAAUCCGCCAAUUUUUGGCUUCCAAGUCGAACACACAUGUCUGGAACAAGUCGAGCAUGCAUGCGUUCGGCCUGAUCGCGACCGAUUCUAGUAAGGACGUUCGAAGGCUUCAACAUUGCGAGCUCGUCGUCCGACCAAAACAUCAAGGAGUUGAAUUUUUCAGGUAA